GCCUCACAAGCCAGAUGAAGCUAGCUGGCUGCUUAUAACGUUAUAUUUAGGCAACGGGGUUAAUAAGUAGCUGGCUAGCUAUUUAUUUUCAUGAACAGGAGUUCAAUUUCAAUAGGCAAACAACAAGUUGCUACCUAGCUAAUACUUACUCACAUGGAUUCCUACAUCAUUGCAAGAAUAAUGAGAAGGACUGCAGUUUCUACUGGUCAUUGUUUUCAGUCUGGUUCUAUUGGUGCUAGCUAGGUACCAAACUAAAGCUAGCUAGCUAAUCCAGGAGUUGCGGUCGAACAAAUAAUGCUUUAUUACCAAAUCAAAUCAAUACCAACGCGGUAUUGCAAACACAUCGUUCGUGGCCGGUGUUUACUUGUUUGCAGACAUUUUUGUACAGCUUUGACAGUGUUACUGAUAGUAGUGUGGCGCUUGGUUUACACGUACAAAUUCAGAACACACAACAUUCUAUAGUAGAGCUGUGUUAUUUGACGUGUAUCUUUUUUGGCGUUCCAUAUUACACCAGCUCUCGAAGGUGUCCUGGUCACGUGUCAGCCAGGUUUAAUUGAACUAUUCAAGGCAAAUAAAAGGAGCUUUGUUUGGAUAAAAAUUAGAGUGCACAUCUAACCACGGCAUGCAUAAUGGGUUAUGUAAGCUCGUUGUUUAAAUUCGCUAACCAUCAGCGCCCCCAUUCUGAUGUAGGCACGAUUUCGCCGGCUGUGGCUACUGAUAAUAGUGGUGGCGCUUGGUUUACACGUACACGUUCAGAACACACAACAUUCUAUAAUAGAGCUGUGUUAUUUGACGCGUAUCUUUGUUGGCGUUCCAUAUUACACCAGCUCUCGUAGGUGUCACGUGGGUCGCGCGCCAGCCAGGCUUAAUUGAACUAUUCAAGGCAAAUACAAUGGGCUUUGUUUGGAUAAAAAUUAGAGCGCUCAUAUAACCACGGCAUGCAUAACGGGUUAUGUAGCUCGUUGUAGUGAUGGGUCGUUCGCGAACGACUCGGCUCUAAGAGCCGGCUCGCAUAUCAGAAGAGCCGAAUCUAUUUAUAAAACAAUUAAGAUAUGAAUAAUCAAAAUAUUUAAAAGAAUAGAAUUAACUAAUUCAAAUAACGAAUGGAUGCUGUUUGACGAGAGAGCAACUGGGGAUGCAGCAUGAAGGGAUCCCUUUAGCAGAUGCCAUAAUGGAGGUCCGAUCCUAUUUGGAGGAGCCACUCCAAAGAUCUGCAGAUCCUCUGAGCUGGUGGAAGAACAAGGCCUCUGUCUACCCACGGCUUACUAAAGUCAUGACGGGGAGACUCUGCAUUGUGGCCACAUCCGUUCCCUCUGAGGGGGUCUUCUCAAAAACGGGAAAAACAAUUACUGAGAGAAGAAACCGCAUCAGCCCCUCGAAAGUGAGGCAGCUUGCAUUUCUGAAUGCAAAUCCCUCAUAAAAGCAAAAUAUGAUCAAAGCCUUCACCACAGUUGCCUUACAGCACCACCUCCAGGCUCCCUAACCCUGCACUCUGAAUCCCUGCUGUCACCAUGCAAGCCCAUAGGGUCACCGUUCACCGCAUCAGCAAGACCAUCACCUUGUACCUGAAUGACGCAGCCUCACCUAAACCCUCCCCUGGCCCUCUGUCUGCCCUGAACGAUGCAGCCAGUACCUCUCCAUCCCUAGCCCUUACCUCUGCCCCAACCAAGCCCCUGCUGCUGAUGCUGCCCUGGUUGGGGUCGCGACCUCAGGCUGUGGCCAAGUACUGUGAGAUCUACUUCCGUACAGGCUUUGACGUGCUCAUAGUGGAGAGUGCGGUGAGUCAGUUUCUGUGGCCUCGCUGGGGCCUGGACUACGGGGCGAGGGUACUAGAUCUCCUGCAGAGUGACUGCUUUGUGUCACGCCCCUUGCUCGUGCACGCCUUCUCCAUAGGAGGGUACACCUUCACCCAGCUGUUGGUGCAUGUGUCCCGCGACACACAGAAGUACUACGGCUUCACUCAGAGGAUCAGAGGCCACAUCUAUGACAGCCUUGUGCUGGGCUCACUGGAGAGGAUGGCUACAGGUCUAGGUAAGAUCCUGCUCCCCCGGCUGGAGAGCCAGGUGAAAUGGGCCAGUAUGCUCUACUUCAGAGCCUUCAAACACCACACAGUCGACUACUUCAACAACGGCAUUGAUGUCUUCUGGAAUAACCCUGUCACCGCACCCGCCCUCGUCUUCUUCUGCCAGAACGACGCACUGUGCGACCCGGAGGGCAUGGAGGAGAUCAUCGCCUAUUGGAGAAAACGAGGGAUGGAGGUGACAGACAGGAAAUGGGAGGAGUCAACACAUGCAGGCCACCUGAGACAACACCCCCAGGAGUACCUGUCUACCUUGGAGACCUUCCUAAAGACUCUCGGUAUGGUCCCUCUCAAGGCCAAGAUGUGACGCUAGGCAGGACCCACACAGCUGUGGUCCGGUCCAGAAACAAUCCCUAUCCCUAUCCACUACCCCUUAGUCCCUCGGCAUGGCCCCCAGCAAGGCCAAGUGACAACAGGGCACAGCUGUGGUCCAGUCCAGAAAUAGCCUCUAGCCCCUACCCCCUAAGCACUCAGGACCCCCUCAAGACCAGGAUGUGACUGCAGGACGUGACAGUUUGCACUUCACUUACCUACAAGUUCCACGUUUGAGUACCCUAGGUAUAGUGGGGACUUAUUGUAUACAGUUUUACAUUCUUGGAAAAACAUUAAAUUAACUCUUGUUUAGUAGA